ACGUCGUAAGGGAAUGGUUGUGUUAUACUGCACUAUAGUUUUAUAAGUAUGUAGGUAGAUAGUUUGUGUAGAUUUUUAUUUUAAUUAUAAUAAAAAUAUAUAAUACACCUUAUUUACCGUGUCCAAAUAAUUCUAAGUGUAAUUACUUUAAUGCUACUAUUAAUGUGUAGGUAGUAUAAAAAUAAAAAAUCCUUUUUAUAAGUCUUUCCUAUGUGAAACAACUUCUGAAAAUACAUCGAAACGAAGAUCUUGUCUAUUACUGAUAUUAUUGAUAAUGUACUGAACUGAAGAAUAAACACUAAAGAAGAACAUUUUAAGAUGUGCGCAGCGAUCGACAUGCUCGCAUCGGAACAGCUGUUUUACGGACACAGUCCUCCGGCCGGCUUCCUGACCGAUUAUUCGGUACCAGUUAGAAGACCACAGAAGCUCACAUCGCGUGGCUACUCGGCACCAUGUUUCACCAACUUAAAACCACUGCAGUUGAUGUUGAACACCGCCCCUAGAUCGUGUCUGAGAAUGCCGACGGAGAAGAAAAAGAAGAAAGUUGUUUUUGCUGACGACAGAGGAUUCGCAUUGGAACAAGUCAAGUUUAUGACCGAGCCGUCGCAUGUGCCACCUUAUUGGGUAUUAAAAAUCGAGAGUCCGCCUCAGGAGCGGAAACAAACACGGAUUGUGGACGUGUGGGAGACGAGGUUCGUCCAACCCGCGUCAGAUUAUGUCGAGUUCCGAAGAAGGAUAACAGAGGAAUGUGUAUCAUUGGAGAAUGUUAUAGUGAAACAAGACGAAUGCGCUGUAGACGGGACGGUAAAAGUGAAAAAUUUGGACUACGGCAAGGAAGUUUUCAUACGAAUCACAUCGGACGGUUGGGCGACUUCGGAAGACGCUUAUGGUGAGUUUAUCGAGUCUGGUCCAGCGUCGAAGAAUGGCGUUUCGCUAUACGACACUUUUGGGUUUAGAUUACAAUUGCCUAUACAUUCGAGGCGCUUGGAUUUCUGCGUUUGCUUCUGCUGCAAAGGGAGUGAGUUUUGGGAUAACAACAAAGGGAAGAAUUACACGAUAGAAAAGUCUUCGGUGCGGAAUGUACCGGCGGUGUCUUGUGCUCGAAUAAAAUAUGGAAACUCAUGGACAGCGAGAUCGGACGGUAGCGGCAUAACACCAUACUGGUGAGUGAGCGAAUUGAAAAAAAAAAUCUGGUUUCAAAUUUGGAACAGUGUAGUGCCAUAGUGAUGUGCCUUUUCAAGGAUUUGGUCAUGUAAGUUUUUCGAACGAUACUUUUUGUGAUAGUGGUAUUAUUUGUGGACCUGUCAAUGAAUUUUAAUAUAAAUCGUGAAUCUUAAGUCGAAAUGUUUAUGCCAAAUUUUGAAUAGAUGCAAGAAUUGUUUUCAAUUCAGUUUUAAUGUUAGCAAUUUACUUUUUGUAAUGUGAUUGUGAAUGAAAUAAUCGAAAACGCUACGAUAAUAAUCUACUUCUAUCAUUGUACAAUACUUGCAAUUUAUACAUAAUUACAGUAUUGCAGGUAGGUAGAUUAAAAAAAAAACCGAAUUUAGCAGACUAUAAAACAGAAAUCAUUUUCGCUUCCUGUACUCUGAUCUCGGGAAAUAAAUUCUUAUGAAUUUUGCGAAGUUACAAUAACAUUACAUGAAUGUAACACAUACAUGUUUUGACGUAUAGAAUUAAGAGAAUUAAGGUGAUUACUAACCACCAAUCGGGCUGAAAACGUAGCUGUAUCGCAGCUAAACCUCGAUCGUCUGAUUUUUUUUUUUUUACCAUUUUGGUCAACAUCAUAAUUUCCAGCCUACUCAACUCGACCCUAGCCUAUAUUUUUUAAUGUUCGGCGUUAGCCUCUCUGUUUUCGCGCCAUUUUUUUCAGUCCUGUGUCAGUGCGGUCUCGUGCAUCGCUUUCCCGGGCCCCAAACAUUGUCUUUUGACCUGGAAGGUGAAAUAUAAUAACAGAUUCCUGGCUCCAAACUGUACAGGAACCGUUUGCUGUUGUCAUAAUUAAUUCUCAAAGAGAAAUUUGUAACCAAAAUGGCGGGCGUUGAAGGCUGAAUUGCUAUGUACCCGAAGUUUAACAGCGCGAUUGGCGGGCUGUACGGCAGAAUCAAAAAUGGCCGAAAUAUUUUUAUAUAUCUGAUUCAAGCCGAUUUAUAAAUUCAAUAGGCUACGUGAUUUCUUUCUUCUUCAUAGUCGUAUUCCUCAUGGCUGAGGGUCGUGGUUAUUACGCGGAAUGAAACACACACAACAACUUUCUUGGCAUUAUUAAUGGAGUGGUUUGCCAUUGCAUUUUCCAUUUCACACACAAGUUAAUAAGAAUCAACCUGUGUGCAGGUUUCCUCACGAUGUUUUCCUUCACCGGAAGCAAGUGGUGGGCGAUGAAAACUACUAUACAUGAGUCAGAUUGGUAUAAAAACUCAUGUGGCACGAGUAGGAUUCGAACCUGGGACCUUUCGAUCCACUGGCUCUUAACCAUUACACCACCACCGCUUCACGUAAGAAUAACCAAGUGACAAAAAAACAAAAAAUAAUAACUACAUUAAUUAAAAAUUCAUAAUUUCAUAAUUAUUAUAAAGUACUUUACUUUAUAAUAAUUAUGAAAUUAUGAAUACUUUACUUUAUAAUAAUUAUGAAAUUAUGAAUUUCCCGUUUAAUAUAGUAAUCACCUUAAUUUUUUUUAGCAUGACGUGUCAAAUUGAUGUUACAAAUUAAAAAAAAAAAACAAAUAAUAGAAUAUAACAAACAAUUUAAAACAUUCGUUAAAAUAAUGCAAAUUUUUGAUGCACAAUUCAGAAAUUGUACGAAAAUGAAACAUAAAUUGUGGAAUAAAUACAAGAAAUUACUAUAAAACGGCGGACUUAUUCCAUGUUAGGAUCAGUUAUUCAUAAAAAAAAAAUAUAGUAAGUUUUACUUUUAUCGGACAGAGAUUUGUGCAAAAAUAUAGGAGACGCCUUUGUCCAACAGUGGGACACUUUUAUAGGCUAAUUAAUAUAGCUUAUUUUGUGUUAUCUUAUCCAAUUUUAAAAAUUAAUGAGCAAUUUAAUUAUACAUUAGAAUACUACAAUCAUUUUAAAAUAAUUGAUGAAUUUAAUUACACAAUUGCACCACCUAUACCUAGAAGACGACUUAGCUAAUGUGCGAAACCGGAGCGGGUCAUUAGUAUUACUAAAACUUGUAAGGGAAGGGACAGUUUUAGGGAAGGGACAUUCUGGGGAAGGAACAUUUUGGAUCUCAACGAAUAUAAUUAAUAAUAAAAAAAAAGUCAAAUUGUAUAUUCUCUUAUUUUGCUUUACAAUAACUUUAAUAUAAUAUUUAACGACAAAAUUACAAUAUUUCAAUAAAUUCUAACUUUUUUCCGAGUACCUAAGGUUUAAUAAUUUAAAUUAAAUUAAAAAAACUAAUGAACUGAACGAAUCCUGCUAAUAUUAUAAACGCGAAAGUUUGUGAGGAUGUAUGUGUGUAUGUUUGUUACUCUAUCACGCAAAAUCUGCUGGACGGAUUGUUAUGAAGUUUGCUACACGGGUAGAAUAUAACCUGGAAUAACACAUAGAGUACUUUUUAUCCCGAAAUUCCCGCGGGAGCAAAGCUCAGUGACGUGGAUAAUAUUAUUGUUAUUAUGAAUUAUGAAUAGAAGGCGUGGCGUUGAUUCAUCUGAUGCAAUUUCCGUAUACUAUGUUCUAAUUGUGUAUUUUUAUAAACCUGUCUCUGCUCUAUUUGUCAUUUUGCCAAAAUAUCUGGACGUUUUGAGCCAAGGGCGCAAAAUGUACGACGUCAAAGUGACGUCGGAAUUGGGGAAUUAUUUAAAGAUUAUUGACCUUUUUUACACAAAUGUUCAGAAAUUGAUAUAUGGUUUUUGUUGAUUGUAUUAAUUUAUACGAUACUAUAUUUUAUAACAUAUACAUAUAUAGAUAAACAUCCAAGACCCGGGCCAAUCAGAAAAAGAUCAUUUUCAAUCAUGACCCGACCGGGGAUCGAACCCGAGACCUCUCGGUCCAGUGGCAAGCACAUUACCAAUGCGCCACCGAGGUCGUCCAAGCAAGAGGAUCAAGCGCUUGUUGUUGCGCCAACAAUCGGCAUUCAAAUAUUCAACAGUCCAUGCGUGUAGUAAUAAUUACAAAAUCUUGUGAGCUUUAUAAAACCAAAUUUAAAUAAAAUGAUAAAUUUAGGUAUCUCAAUACUUAAACUUUAGAUAUCAUAGGCCGUCCCGGCUUCGCUCGGGUAAAAUCGUGUUACUCCUGAAGGUCUCUAUAUAGAAUAGAAGUUGCGCCCCGCUCCCUUGGGAAUUUCGUGAUAAAAAGUACCCUAUGUGUUAUUCCAGGUUAUAUUCUACCCGUGUACCGAAUUUCAUAACAAUCGGUCCAGCAGAUUUUGCGUGAAAGAGUAACAAAGACGUGAUAAAAAGUACCCUAUGUGUUAUUCCAGGUUAUAUUCUACCCGUGUACCAAAUUUCAUAACAAUCGGUCCAGCAGAUUUUGCGUGAAAGAGUAACAAAGAAGAUUUCCUCACGAACUUUCGCAUUUAUAAUAAUAACAGGAAAGUAUCGUUGAGUUAGUACCCCAUAACAUAAAUAAA